CAACCACCUCCACACACCGCCACCGCAAAAGGGUUGUUUUGAUUUACCAGGGACUACUCCUGCCAGUGCGGACUAAUAUUGCAGAGUGCACUCAAGACGUCGCGGACAGUAACGAUACCGCUUCGCUCUUUGCUUUAAUCCUUCUUCCGAGUCCUUCACAGACGUCACUUGUUCUGGGAUUACAAAAGGACGCAGGAGCCUUCUUCGUCGCUCCGCUUGGUCCAGAUUUACUGUGCAAUUUCAUGCCACCGCGUCGGACACAUAAGAAGUCACGCAAAGGUUGUCUCCAAUGCAAGCAACGACGUGUCAAAUGCGAUGAAAAGACCCCCGUAUGCGGCAACUGCACGAAGCGAGAGCUGGACUGCUCAUACCGUGAACAGCAUGCUUACACUCCAAUCAACUAUCAUGACACCUCUUUGAGUGGAGGCCGGGGUACUAUCCGGUCACCGGCUACCACUACUUCGACCGGAACUGGGGGGAGAAGUUCGGCACCAAUCCGGCCCUCGUCAAGUGGUACCAACACUCCGGCUUCCAAUGUCGUUGGGGCCCCAGAUGUUAUUUAUCCUGCUGCCAGUGGCAGCCAAGACAAGGGACAACACCUUCUUGACCUCGAAAUGUUGCAUCUUUACACCACCGUGACAUACCGCAGCUGUGUGGGUAUGAUCCAGAGCGUGGAGACCGGCGACCUGUGGCAGAAGUACGUGCCUCGGAAGGCUCUCCAGUACGACUUCCUCCUCCAGGCUCUUUUGGCUUUCGCGGCCUUACACAUGACGACAUUGAAAAUAGAGCAGGAACAGCAAAAGGAGCAGCAGCAGCAGCAACAACACCAACACGAUGUCGACUAUUCGUCACGUCCCGAAGCCCAUAUCUAUGAGAUUUCGACGUCAUUGACGAAUUCAACGCGCCCUGCAGCUUUCUACUUGCGCAAGGCUCUGGAAUAUCAAAACCGAGCCGUUACACUUUUCAGAGGCUCAGUGCAGGACGUCACGCCGGAAAACUGCAGUGCGGUAUUUGCCUUUUCCAGCAUCACGAUGCUGUUUGCAAUGGCCGUCCCGGGCAUUGAAGCCACCAUAUCGGCGAGCUCGACCUUGAGCGCAGCUCCGUCCGCCUCAUCAUCUCCAUUCACCUUUUCAGCCGGCAGUCCAGGUCAAAGUGCCGGUGUUCCCUACCGGCAAAACCUGACGCCCAUGGAAAGUAUUUUCGCGCUGUUCGAAUACCUCAGGGGCGUUGCUAUAGUCUCCGGUCUGGGCCGAGAAGCACUACGCAAGUCGCCGUUUCGUCUCAUCCUCGAUCCCUAUGCGGAGUACGCGAGCGGAAAUUGGCGCCUGACAGACCCGGACCUGAUCGAGGCGUUGAAGCGCCUGGCUACGCUGAAUGAGGAACUCAACAAGCCAGCCUUGGCUAGGAAUGAAACAUCUCCCACCAAUCAGUCUUACGAUCGUCCGCACUGGAGCAACGACAACCACAAUGGUUGUGGUGGUGGUAGUGGUGGCGACAAUGGUGGCCGUGAUGGUCAUGAUGGCGACCGUCCUCCUAAAACCCGCCAUCAGAUCUACGAAGACGCCAUCCGCCAUCUCGAAUGGUGUUAUUCCAAACAAGAACCACCCCUUGCAAUUCUCGUGUCGCCAGGCGAUCCGGCGCUGCUAAGCUGCUCAUCGACUCCUACGCCCACUGCCACGUCGACUCCCACGCCUACUGCGACAAAUCCAGGCCCCGAUCGAGGCCACAUAAUAGGUUGGAUCGGCAUGGCCGGGCCCGACUUCGUCUCGCAGUUGCGGCAGGGUGAGUCGUUCGCUCUGCUCAUUUUCUCCCACUGGGCCGUCAUGCUUGACCUUCUCGAUAUGUUUUGGUGGUCUCAUCACUCUGGCCGCGCCUUGGUUGCUGAGGUGGCCGACAUGUUGCAUCCCCGCGGACCGGAAUGGGAAGAGAGGACGAGAUGGGUGAGGAGGAAAGUUGGGUUACUUUAGUGUCUCUGUUAACGCAAUGCAAUUAAAUCACAACCUGAUGUCAUAUAUCGACAGUGUCAAGAAAAGAACUAGUUCUUCUACAUACAUACUACCGAAUACAAGAAGAAAGGCCAAUGGACGACGAUGAAUUGAACGCUCAAGUAUAUUCAUCAUUUCAGUCAAAAGAGAGACUGACUGUGUCAACGAUAGGUAGGCAGGCCGUAGAAAAGAACGCUAACCCGAACUGCUGUGCCUUGCCUUGGGUACUCUAUAGAUAUACUGUACAUAUACUGUGUACCACUCACUCAUUCACUGUCACUGCAGGAACAUGAGCCAUGCAUGACCACCAAGAUGGGUGUGGAAUCUUACUGUAAAAAUCUCUUUUGCCCAAUUGGACCAACAAAAACCUGGGGUGGGGGACUGGAUUGGACUG